UAGCUAUGCCCUAAAAGUCAUCUUUUGAGCAUUUUCCAAAACUUUUCUUUGGUGGCUGCUAUUAAAUUCGAAAAGUGCCGAGGUUUUUCGCCGAUUUGGUGACCCAUCCAACUCAAAAUGUGCAACUGGGAGUGCUGCAAAAACAGGUCGCCGAUUGCCAAGCGAAUGGCGGCCAGGAAGCUCCUGCAGUUGGAGGAGGAGGAGCGCCGGAAGCCCAAGCUGGUGAUCCCCACGCCCCAGAGCCUCUUCUACCCCUUCGACGAGGUGGAGGCCAUGGCCAAGUACAUUGUGGACGUCAGUCACAUCAAGCCAAAGUACGGCCUAAUCUGCGGCAGCCUCCUGAGCAACAUGGCUUCCUUGGUGGAGGAGCCGGUGGUCAUUCCCUACGAGGACAUACCCAACUUUCCCGACGGCAUUGAACGGGACUGCAGCUUCCUCGUGGGCCGGGUCAUGGGAGCGCCCAUUAUCGCGCUGGUCAACCGAUUCCACUCCUGCGACGGCUACAACCUGGCCACCUGUGCGUUGCCCGUCCGCGUGAUGCAGCUGUGCGGGGUCAGGACCAUCAUGCUGACCGCCGAGGCAGCGGGCGUGAGUCCGGGCUACGACAUGGGCGACAUAAUGCUGGUGCAGGACCACAUCAAUGUGGUGGGCAUGAUGCACCAGACGUCGCUGGAGGGUCCGAGUGAUCCACGCUUUGGCAGCCGCUUCUUCUCGAUGGUGAAUGCAUAUGACAACGACCUUUUGACGAAGGCACUCGAGAUUGGCAAGCGGAUGGGCAUUCAGAAGUUCCUGCACAGCGGCGUCUUCGCCUGCGUGGGUGGUCCCAUUCUCGGUACGCUGGCCGAAGAGCGACUGCUGCGGACGAUGGAGGUGGGUGCAGUGGGCAUGUCCCUGGUGCCGGAGGUUAUAGCCGCCCAUCAUGGAGGUCUGAAGGUGCUCGCCUUUGUGAUAAUCAGCAAAGCGGCCAGCGACAAGGGGAACGAGGAGAAGGACAAGGAGAACACCGACACGGACGUGGACUCCAAGCACGAGCGGGAAUCCCAGGAGGGAGUGCCCCCGCAGAAGCUGCAGGCCUGCUCGGAUCUGAUCGGCCGACUUCUGUACAGCAUGCACCUCGAGCUCUGACAAGCGAAAAUAGACUUCUCUCGACUUCUU